AUGGGCAACUCCGUCGACACACCAACCUUGCGGAUCCUUGUCUGCCCUUCCGGCUUCAAGGGCAGCCUGCAGCCCGGGACAGCAGCCGACUGCAUCGAGGCUGGCAUUCUAGCCGUUGAGCCUCGUGCCAUCGUCCGCAAAGUGCCACUCGUGGACGGAGGCGAGGGCUUUACCCACGCCCUCGUUGCAUCGACAGGUGGGACAAUCCACAAAGUUCCUGUCACAGGCCCGGUGGGCGAGCCCAUUGUGUCUUUCUUCGGCAUCCUGGGUCGCAACCGUGGCGAACCCUGUACUGCUGUCAUCGAGAUGGCGGCCGCCGCGGGACUUAGUUUGGUGCCCUCCAACCAGCGAGAUCCCGGGUCUACGACGACCUUUGGCGUGGGCGAGCUCAUCCUCGCCGCCCUAGAUGCUGGUGCAAGCCGGAUAUUGGUGGGAUGUGGGGACUCUGGGACUUGUGAUGGCGGUGCGGGAAUGCUUCAGGCAUUGGGUGGACGCCUUCUUGAUGCAGACGGAGUGCCCCUUUCGGUUGCUGGAGGCGGCAACUCGCUUCUGAACCUCGCUUCCAUCGACUUAUCUGCUGUCGACGACCGAGUCAAGAAGACUGAGAUAGAUGUCGCCGUCAAUUGGCAUAACGUCCUCUGCGGGCCAGGCGGCGUUGCCAACAUCUUCGGCCCACAGAAGGGAGCCACUCCAGAGCAGACACGGCUGCUCUCACUCGCCAUGGACACUUUUGCAGACAUUUCUGGUCAGAUACUUGGCGACGAUGGUGUUCGGCUUAACCCUGGAGGCGGUGCGUCCGGGGGACUCGGAACAGGCCUUCGCCUAGUUGGAGCGCGACUCCGACCGAGGUACGAGAUUGUGAUGCAGUAUGUCAACUUGGUUGGUAUUUUCGAAGAUUGCGAUCUUGUCCUCACCGCCGAGGGUGGCAUCGAUGACCAAACGCCCCGAGGCAAGAUCCCUGCCGAAGUGGCCAGGCUAGCGAAGAAGCACAACCUUCCAGUGAUUGCCAUCGCAGGAACGAUUGGCCCUGGUGCAAGAGUCAAUUACGACAUUGGGAUUGAUGCGUUUACGUGCAUCAUCCAACGGCCCAUGACGCUUGAUGAUGCUGUCAAUGAGGCCGAGAGGUUGACUCGAGAGAGUGCAGAGUCGGUGAUGAGAAUAGUGGAGGUGGGACGGAUGAUGGGGAGGAGCCAUGCACGAAUUGUUGGCUAG